UGGUGACUGUUGCUGUCGGACACCCUCACUUCUCUGGACUGUCUGAUUUGGAAGUGGGGCGGAGACCUUUACCUUUUAUUAGACCCCUUGGCUCGUCAUUAACAGCUAACAAGUCCAAUCACUGGUCGCGGAGGAUUCUGCGGUCUGUGAUCUUUUUUCUUGUUUAUUUCACUGAUCAAGCCCCCCUACCCGACUUCCUGGAUUUGAUAUCCACGAUUGAUCAACAUCAUGACCUUCAAGGUCCCUUUCGACUCAAGCCCCCCGUCGACCCCGGGAAAGUCUGGCAGCUUGUUCAGCAAUCUGUCGAAUACGCCUGCGGGUAAUCCGCCGUCGGCCUCCAGCUCCUUCGAUCCGCACGGGCGUUCCCAAAUGGAGUCCCCACAGUCUCUUUUUUCGCGCUCGAAUUUUGAGAACGAUAGCAUCUUUGGGUCGUCGAUCGCGUCUCCCGGGUUCCUGCCUCCCCGGGCGAGAAAAGCGGCCCCAGCCCAGCCCUCCGCCCCGUCGCAGUCGCUGUUCAGCAUGACACACGACAGCCAAUUCGGCCAGCCGACCAAAUACGGUGGUGCGUUCAAUAGUUUUGGAUCGUCGCAGAUGGAAGAGGACGUGCAGCAGGAUGCGAAUGGCGAUGCGGAUAUUCCAGAAGAGGAUGAGGGACCACCCGACGACCUGAUGGAGAUUGGGCAGACCAAUAAGGCACCUGGCCCACGCUUCAGUUUCCUGGACUCGCAAUUCGGUAACCCGGCCCCCCCCCCAUUCAGCAAUCCCGCUGGCCCCCCAUUCGGCAACCCGGCUGCUCCACCAUUCAACUUCAACGCCCAAGCCCAGCGCAAGCCGAUCUACACGAACCCAACCAACGCGAAGCGCCCCAAGCUCGACGAGAAGUGGGCGCAACAGUCGCCUCUGCGCAAGGUGAAGCUGCCGCCCAAAAAGGAUUCCGCUAUGCCGUCGAUUGUGCGCAACUUCGCCUCUCAUUCGCGUCUGGCCGCUGUGGAGGAGCCUAGCGACUUUAUCAUCAAGACGGAGGACGAAAUCAGUCGGUUGUUCGAUGAAGCACGACGAUCCGAAUACCAUAUGUCGUACUACCCAGCUCUCAUCUCCGAUAUCUGCGACAAGCUUGUCACCGUCUGGAAGCCAUCUGGCGGGGUACCCAGGCCUGGAGCCGGUGUUGGCCCUGGAGAGCGCGGCUCCAACGUCGCCAAAGCAAGCUUCCUCGGCUCAUUGCUGCUCCAGCUUCACCACCCCCCGCCUUCUCCCGCGAAGCUCAAUUGGCCCGGUGCUUUUGGGUUUGGCUCUCGCGCCCUCACUCUGGGGAAUCACAGGGCAGAAACCCCCACGCCCCUACCCAAAGUCCUUCUUGACUGGCUGGAUGCCAAUCACGGUCAGGCCUUUGACAUCCAAUCCCUGAAAGAUGCCGAUCCCAACCCUACUGCGUCUCCCAACUUUUGGGAAACCAUCAAUGCCGCGGUAUUACGCGGACAGAUGUCCGAAGCUGUCGACGUUCUGCGAUCUGCCGAUUUCAACUACGCCAGGUCUGCGCUGGAAGACGGUCUACCUCAGGCUGGCUAUCGAGGGGCUCAGCUGCAAAACAUCCAGCGCUGUGUCAACAAGGCGCUUCAGGUCUUGGAGUCAUGCCCCAGCGUGCAGAAUGGCGACUGGGAUGUGCGGGGUGCGGAGUGGGCGAUGUACCGGAGGCGUGUGCUUGUUGCAAUCACUGAUCUGGAGGAAUUCGCCGAAGGUGACGAGCAAAGCCCCGACUCGCCCGCUGUGGAUAAUCUUUUCCAGGCGCCAAACUUCGGCCUCGCCACCAACCCCGCCAAGCUGGACUCGUCAUUUACGCAGUCUGCACGCAUGGCCGAGAGCCGAGCUCCGUGGUCUAUCUAUCAGAGUUUGCGGUCUCUCUACCGAAUCAUUCUCGGUGACACAAGUGCCAUCAUGAACCAGGCUCAGGACUGGGUUGAGGCCACCGUUGGUCUGACUGUGUGGUGGGAUGGAGAGGAUGACGACGGGCCUCAUCGAGAACCUGGCGAAUCAUACCUUCAUCGCCUCGACCUGGCCUUGAGCAGCGCAACAAACAGCAACUCGAACGAUGCUAAAUUCCGAAUCAACUCCCUCAGUAGUCUUGAAGUCGGUCUGGCUUCUGUGUUCGAGGGGAACGUAGAUGGAGUUAUAGGGCUUCUCGAGACAUGGUCUCUGUGCGUUGCAUCCGCCGUGGCCGAGGUCGCAGAAACAGCAGGCUGGUUGCAGGAGGCGAGAAAGGCGCUGCCUGGGUUGAACGCGGACGACUUGAUGGUCCUCUCAUACGGCCAAGCGACCGGCGAAUCCAGCCGGGGCGUCAACAAGAAUGAUGUGAUGAGCGCUUAUGCAUCCGGCCUUUUCGAGCGACCUAUCAUCGAGAAUGAGAGCGGCACCCGUGAAGGAUGGGAGCUCGCCUUGGAGGUCUUGAGCCGUAUAGAUGAGAAAGCCAAGAUGCAGAAGAGCGUAUCUGAAUUGUUGGACAAGCUCCCCCUUGACACGUCGGAGCAGAUGGAUCGGGUGGUGCUGCUCUGUUCAGAGCUGGGACUGGACAACGAGGGCCGGAGGGUGUCCGAGCGCUACGGAGAUCUUACGGUGGCCAACUCUGACGAAUAUGGACUGGCUCUGGUGUGUUACGCUCGGGCACACAGUCGACGAAAGGUCAAGUCGGUAGUGGAUCUGCUCAUCUCGUACAGUCUCGUGCGGUCCUGCGCGUUCCCUGCAGCAUCCGACCUGGACGAGCAGCUGGAGACGAUGAUUCGAAGGCCGCGGGACUGUCUUACAGCCGUGGCGUCCGCGGACGAAGAGGCGGCCACGAUUCUUCAGUUUUACUUCAGUGGAUAUGCGACACUACGUCGGUUUUACGAGAUCCGAGAUGAGGCCGUCAGUCUGAAAGAAGGGCAGCGACCCCGGUUCAAACCCCUUGCGCGACGGCGGGCGGCGGCGCAGGCGUUGGUCGCCGUGAUCACAAGUGCAGCGGACAGCAUCUACGGCGGGCUGUACGACGCCGAACGGGAUUCGUCCGUACAGGUGGACGGGCUGUUAACGCUGUUGGGCGAGGCCCUGGCCUUCCUUGAUCAACCUACACCAGUUUUCUCCGUCCCCCAGCAAUUCGCCAUCCUAUCAGCGAUUGAGGACCUCGAGACCGUGACGCCGCGGGUGUACGGACAAUGCGAGGAGUGUUUCCGGUCGACGUUGCUCGAGUACCAGUCGUCGAAGCGCGGGCCAGAGGAAUCCCAGACGACAGGGUCAUUUUUCGUCCCACCGUCACCCCGCGCAUUGCUGAAGAAGUCGAUGUCCGGUGGGACCGGGUCCAGCACGUUUUCCUUCAUUGGCAGUGAGAUGGUCGAAUCAUCUCGGCCGCAGUCCGGCCACGGGUCGGUAGGCAGCUCGGGCGUCCUGGUGCCUCGCGCGGGCGACGGCCUUCGCGGAAUUCCAGAGGAGCGCGGCUGGGACUGGCGCGCCGGGCUGGCCGAGGGCUCACGCGGUGAAGACAUCCUGCGCGUGUUGCGGCUGGGGUUGGCGCGGGGGCUGAGCUUCGGGGCUCUUGGCACGAUCUAG